AGCUAGCAGUUUCGGACUGAUUAGAUAUUGAGUAGUUUUUCCAGGCAAGUACGCAAACCAUGUACUCACGCGGCAAGGUGUAAUUCCAAGCAUGCCAAGCACCCAAGCUACCGCGCCGUAAACCUAUAUAUAUAACUAGGCCGCCCCGCCGAUCAACAUUCCUUCUCGCGUCUUCUCUCACAGGACAGCAAGUUUAGCUGUGGGAGCCUAAGAAGGACGGGAAAUCGAGGGAUCAAAGUCCACAAACGACUCCAUGGGAGCUGGGAUGAAGCAUGCGAGGGAGGAGGAGCCAACCGUGUCGCUAGCGCUGUCCCUCAGCACAGACUCGGCGUCUUCCGACUCGGGCGGCGGUGCGCUGGCCAAGCGCAGGAAGGGCGCCGUGGUGGCGACGUCGGGAGAGGGGGAGUUCGUGUGCAAGACAUGCGGCCGGGCCUUCGCAUCGUUCCACGCGCUGGGCGGGCACCGGACCAGCCAUCUCCGCGGCGGCCACGGGCUGGAGCUCGGCGUCGGCGUCGCCAGGGCAAUCAAGGAACGGAAGAAGCAGCGGCACGAAUGCCACAUCUGCGGGCUCGGGUUUGAGAUGGGCCAGGCGCUGGGGGGACACAUGAGGCGGCACCGCGAGGAGAUGGCACUUAGCGGCGCAAACGACCGGAGGGUUGCGGUGCUGCCGGAUCAGGAGGCGGGGCACCAGACCUCGGCCGCCGACGACCAGCCGCCGGUCUUGCUCGAGCUGUUUGUCUAGGCAGAGCUGGAAAGAAGGAAGAUACAUACGUUUUCUUUCCUUAUAUAAUGCGUGCGUGAAUAGACAUGUAAAUACGAGUCAAUUACACCGGUGGUGCUAGAACUUGUCGCAAACGGUUACUUUAGUGCUAAAACUUGCAGCAUACAUUAAAGUGGUGCAAAAACUUGGCUCGAACGUGC